CCAACUUUGUGACGACAAGGUGCACUGGCGGCACUCAAGACGGAACAUCGAUACAUAUCUGGACGCUCACGCGACCGCGAAUCAUGGCUGCUCCAGUCGCACCCUUCAAUCCCCGUCCUCUGCUCCAGAGCUUGGUCGACAAAGACAUCGUCGUGCGCCUAAAGUGGGGCGAGACCGAAUACAAGGGUCGGCUCGUCUCCGUGGACCUAUACAUGAACAUCCAGCUCAACAACACGGAGGAAUUCGUCGGUGGUGUCAGCUCGGGGCAGCUUGGUCAGGUGCUGAUAAGGUGUAACAAUGUUCUCUGGAUCGGCCAGGCGGACCAGGUGCAACCAAAGGCAACGAAAGACGUCGCUAUGGCGGAUUGAAGAGCGCAUCGCUGGGCGUAGAAACACAUGCCAGCGGAGGCUUUCGGAUUUUGGGGGAUGAAGAAUUAGUGCGCAUAGGCAGACUUGCGCGAAAGCGGAAGAGCGCUGCAGAGACGCCUUCUCACC